UUUGAUGUGUUUGUGUAUCCUCAGUGUUUUACUCUCUUGCGUGUUUCAUUGAGUGUAAACAGAGUCUUGUCUCUUUGUAUUUAAGUGUUGAGACGUUUAUGAUGAGAUGUGCUGUAAAUGAGUAGGAACUGAUCUGUCCAUGCUGGAUAUAUUGAUGAUUUCAUCACAUAAAUCUCUCAGCUGAAGAAAGAGGAGAUUUAACAAUGAAUCGAGAGGAUGUGGAUUGUUGUGAAUCUUCAGUGUAUGUGACUGAUGAUGGGAGUCUGGAUUCAGUGUGGAUGAGCAGAGAUCAGAGCCGCACACCACAGCCACUGCUGGACUCUAAACUCUCUGAAGAGAAAUCCAGACACACACAAGACUCCGAUCUCAGUCUGACUUUACUCUGUUAUACUGAGUCAAAGCUCACAGACACUCAGGACACUACAGUGUGUGACAGUAAACAGAGCUUACAGGAGGAUCAAACCUCCACAGAGUCUCUGGAUUCUGUCUGUAACGCUGGAGAACAGCAGCAGAUCCUGCAGACCAAACUGAAGAUGUGUUCAGUUAAACUCAUCGACUGCAUGAACCUCAUGAUGAAGAUUAAAACUGAACCCAGAGAAACGAAAACUGAACCCAGAGAAACGAAAACUGCACCUAGAGAAACGAAAACUGAACCCACAGAAACGAAAACUGAAACCACAGAAACGAAAACUGAACCCACAGAAACGAAAACUGAAACCGCAGAAACGAAAACUGAACCCACAGAAACGAAAACUGAACCCACAGAAACGAAAACUGAACCCACAGAAACGAAAACUGAACCCACAGAAACGAAAACUGAACCCACAGAAAUCAAAACUGAACCCACAGAAAUCAAAACUGAACCCACAGAAGAAAAAGAUCGCACUGAUGAAGAUGAUGAUUUUAUUCCAUCAGAUGUGAAGAGUGAUUCAUGUUUGGAUAUAGAAAUAACUUCCUCAACAUCAAAAGAGCGACUGACAGCACAAACUCGGUCCUGCAUCACCUGUGGAAAGACAUUCAGCUCACAGAGACAUUUAGAGAGACAUGAGAGAAAACACACAGAACAGAAACUCUUCACCAGAUCUGAGAUCAGCUUUACUACCUUACAAGAGAAGAAACUUCAUUCAGAAGACCACAGAGAGAAGAAGAAGAAGAAGAAGCAGUUUCACUGUGAGCAGUGUGGGAGGAUUUGUGUCUCUUCCUCUGAUCUAAAUGUUCACAUGAGGACACACAGUGAUGAAAAGCCUUUCAACUGCACUGAAUGUGGAAAUUACUUCAGAACCAAACACAAUCUUAAAGCUCAUCAGAGAGUUCACACAGGAGAAAAACCGUACGAGUGUCCUCACUGUGAGAAGAGAUUUAGCUGUAAACGUGGUCUGAAGACACAUGUGCUUUCACACACCAAUGAGAGACCGUAUCAGUGCAGUGAAUGUGACAAAACCUUUAGGGAUUCAGGUUCAUUAAAAAGACACCAGAAUAUUCACUUUAAAGAGAAACUCUAUCAGUGUUCACACUGUGAUAAACGGUUCUGCCAUAAAUAUCAGCUGAUAAAACAUGAGACAUUUCACACUGGAGAAACUUAUUACUGUAGUGUCUGUGAGAAGAGUUUUAAUCGACAUGAAAGUUUAGUGAUACACCUGACAAUUCAUACAGGUGACAAACCUUACCAAUGCUCUCAGUGUGACAAGACGUUUACUUCUUCAUCUUACUUAAAAGUCCAUCAGAGAGUUCAUACUGGAGAGAAACCUUAUCACUGUAGUGUCUGUGGGAAGAGCUUCUCUGAUUCAUCUCGAUUAAGAGUUCAUCAGAGAGUUCACACUGGAGAAAAACCUUACAAAUGCUCUCAGUGUGACAAGACUUUUACCUAUUCACCUUACUUAAAAGUCCAUCAGAGAGUUCAUACUGGAGAGAAACCUUAUCACUGUAGUGUCUGUGGGAAGAGUUUUAGUCUAAAGGCUACCUUACUAAAGCACCAGACACUUCAUACAGGUGAAAAACCUUUCAAAUGCUCUCAGUGUGACAAGACGUUUACUUAUUCAUCUUCCUUAAAAGUCCAUCAGAGAGUUCAUACUGGAGAGAAACCUUAUCACUGUAGUGUCUGUGGGAAGAGCUUCUCUAGUUCAUCUCGAUUAAGAGUUCAUCAGAGAGUUCAUACUGGAGUAAAACAUCAUCACUGUAGUGUCUGUGGAAAGAGUUUUAAUCGACAUGACAGUUUAGUGAGACACCUGAGAAUUCAUACAGGUGAAAAACCUUACAAAUGCUCUCAGUGU